AUGGAGGAUAAAGGGAAGCUUGCAGGGAAACUGAACUGUUCCUUCAUGGCCAUGGCUUUAUUCGGGGAAACAAUUUCCUCACUGUCUUCAAGCCCUCUAUUCUCCGCCAUUAUCACUCUCUAUAUGCUCAUCCUCCUCUACUUCCCCUCCCUUUUCCGGGGCCUCGUUUUCUCUCCGGUCAUCAUUUCCACCUCCGUUCUAUUGUUCUCCCUCCUCCGCCUGGGCGCCGAGCAGAGAACCGCCCGGCUCGAGCCGGAAAAGUGCUUCGUGUCGGUGGACCGGGUGCCGCCGCCAUUAGAGUCUCUGCUUGAUUCUUGCAACAGUGACCCGGACCCGUUCUAUUCGGAGCCUUUUGUGGAGUGGGACGUGAGAGCUCCGCUGGAGGUUAUAUAUGAAGAGGGAGGAGAAGAGGACGACGACGUUUUGGAGGGGAAGAGAGCGGCGGAGAUGGGUGGCGGCGGCGGCAUUCAAAGGUACGACUCUCUGUCGCUUUAUUAUCCGGAAACGGAUUCGGAUACUUCGUCGGAGGGGGAUUUUCCGGUGAUCGGAGAGUGGGAGUCUCUGGAGACAAUGUGCUUCCGGUGGGAAGAGGAGGAUAGAGAAGAGUUGAUUGAGAUUGAGUUGGAUGGGAAGAGGAAUAUGGUUAGUGAGCUUGAAGAAGAUGAUAAUCUGAUCGAGAUCGACCUUUCUCCGGCGUGA